ACUGCAGACUAUUAAUAGAAUUUUAGUACAAAAAUGAUUUUGCUUUGUCUCGAGUUGGAAUAGCAUUGGUCAAGAAAAGCUUUAAGUUUCUGCGAAGCUUGUGUUUACUUUUUGUUUUUCAGAGUGUUUAUAAUGUACAUAAAAUGAAUGGGAAAGAGAACUUUAAGCAGGAAAGGCAACAGCCUUCUGAAAGUGGAGAUGCAUUAGGUGAUAGAUACAGGUUUCAAACUACCUCAACCGAGGCUUCCGGUAGUGGUACAGUUGUUGAAAGUAGUGAUUCUGAUGCUAAUAUUAGAUCGCAGUGUGUCGCCUCCGUUCGGAGAAAUUACGUUACUGAUAACGGGGCUUCCUCUGGGCCGCUCAACAUGAGUAUACUUUUUGUAGGUCUGCUCGAGGUAAUUUUGGCUAAAGUCGAGUCUAAUAAAGCUGUUCGCGAAACUUUACUAAAAGUUAUUCUAGAAAAACUCCAAGAAUCCAAAAUUUUUCCAAACGUAUCAGAAGUACUUGAUGACCUGAAACCCCUUCGAAGGCAUUACCUGAAAGGUUUCUGGAGAAUUAUUCAGGAAGCAAGAAAAAAUAUUACUACCAUUGUGCCAUUGGGAGGUGCUCAGUCGAGUGCUAUAGACUUACAAACUCUCUCAUUGCCAUGUCCCAAAGAUUGGUUUACAGACUAUUUAAACGCGUCUCGAUAUGAGAGUAAUUUUGAGGAACUUGGAGUUUUAGGGAAAGGAGGCUUUGGAAUUGUUUACCGCGCAAGAAACAGAGUUGAUUUAACUCACUAUGCCGUAAAGAAAAUUUUUCUGAAAGAUGUGAAGCAUGAAGGGAAGCUGAAGAUCAUGCGAGAAGCCAGGGUGCUAGCAACACUUAAGCAUCCGAACAUAGUUUGCUAUCAUGGUGCUUGGAUGGAAUUUGUUGCAAAAUUGCCAGGGUGUUUCGCUGGAAUUUCUCGGAAUACAAAUUUAUCAUCAGAGGUGGAAUCAAGUUCUGCUCUUUGUUCUUCAAAUAAAAAGAAUAAAACUUCCGCAACGACUUCAACGUCAAAUGGAAAUGCAAACGAUUCUAAUGUUUCCGAUGAAUCAGAAGGUGGGAUUGUUUUUGGCACUGAACCAGCGUCUGCCAUAGAAACUAUUCAAAUUGAUCAAAUUAAAACAGAUAUGAAACUCGAAGUUAUUGAAAUUACAAGCGAAUCAGAUUGUGAAAGUUCUUCUAUUCCUUCCGAAGUUCUUAGAAAAUACUCGCAACCACUCGAGACAAGGCAAGCAACUGAAAAUCAGUCGAAUGGAGGUGCUGGAAGUACCUUCAAGUCUAGUUUGCAUGGUAGAUAUAGAAGCAGCCCCUCUUUCAGCAGAUCUUUCAGUUGUCCUAACUCUGUUGAUUUGGACAAAGUCGACAAACCAGCAGACACAAAUUGUUUAGAAGUUGCUGCUUUGCGUUACUCGAGUUCACAAGAAAUUUCAGGAUGUUUCGCGCUUUUCAUACAAAUGGAACUUUACGACGCAAGCUUAAAGCAGUGGGUAAAUCAGCGGAACGUACGAGCAGCAGAGUCUAAAAGUUCAUGGUCGUUCGUAGAGCACAAAUCAAAUUUGCAUAUUUUCAAGCAGAUCACAAGUGCUUUGAGCUACAUACAUAGUAAAAAUGUAGUGCACAGGGAUUUAAAGCUGCAGAAUAUUUUUAUUGACCCGAAAAGCUUGCACAUUUGGGUGGGUGAUUACGGAUUAGCGCGACAUAUCGACGAAUCCUUUGAAGAUAACUCAGAGGAAACAAAAGCAGAGGGAGAGAUUCUUCUGAAAUCGGAAACCAAAGUAUUGGGUCUUUCGGACGGAAUCGGAUCCUAUCCGUACGUGGCCCCUGAACUUUUGAAUGGCAAAGGAAGUUACACCUCAAAAGUGGACAUGUUUAGUUUGGGUAUUGUUUUAUUUGAGCUUUACAACCCGUUUUCAACUUCUAUGGAGCGGGCAAGAGUGAUCGAGCAGUUGAAGAAAACUGGGAAGGUUCCGGACCAGUCUAUCAGCAGAAAUUGGCCGACCGUUUGCAAAUACAUUGAAAAAUUGAUAGCGUUGGACCCGAAAGAAAGGCCCAGUGCAGAUAAACUACUAGAAAGUGCAAUUUUCUUGUCUGAAAAGAGAACAGGCGGAUCUAAUGAAAAAUGCGAUGAGGACAAUUUAACAACUUUGGCCCGUCAGUUUUCCCGUUUGAAGUCGGAACAUCAUCGUUUGCGGAAAAUUAUCUGCAGAAUGAAGAACAGAGAAAUGCUAAAGAGGAAAGAAAAUUUGAAACUGAAGCUACAAGUGGCCAAUUUAAAGAAGCGCGUCAAAUGAAGCUUCAAACAUGUGGUCUGUGAGUGAUGAAGCGCAGUUCUUAUAGUUUUGUCCUGCAGAGAUUGAGCUUGGUCUAUAAAUCCUGUUCUCUGUAAGAUGUUACGAAGUGAUCUUGUUUUGGGAUUUUAAAUUUUUGAAAGUCUAUGAA